UUUUUUUGACGGCCGGGACCUGUGAUUUUCUUCUGUGAUUUGUGGGUUACCCUGUCCCUGACUUUACCACCAAAUAAACCGUGCAAAUUUCAUUUUCGGCCCAUUUUAACAUCGUCUAAAGAAUACACAAGCACAAUGGCAAAGCUAGCGGCUAAGCUACCGGAAUUGAGCAAAAUGGCCAUCGAAUAUGCGAAACCCAGAAUCGCGUUGUUUGUAAAAUACGCUAAAGUAGAACUAGUACCUCCUACGCCGGCCGAAAUUCCGCAAAUACGCUCCGGUAUUGGUAAAAUUAUUUCCGGAGCGAAAUCGGGUGCGUGGAGGCAGACCCCCGUCAAGGAAGCAUGGUUAAAUACGUUGGUCACCGUUGAAGUUUUAUGUUGGUUUUUCGUUGGCGAAUGUAUUGGAAAACGUCACAUUGUAGGUUACAAAGUGUAAAAAAUUUGCGUAAAUUGUAGAUAAAUUGGUUGUCAAUCAUGUAAUGUUAGCUCCUAUCAUCGGAGGAAUAUAAAUAAAACCCUAUGGAAACAAAA